AUGGAGGAGCUCACCCUGCCACAACGAAAGAAAGAGUUACAGCUGAGCGGAGAAAUAGCCGCUGCCGAAGCUGAAAGAGACGUGUACGAGCAAGCCGAGGCCCAAGAGCUUAAGCAAUCCGACCCUUCCCUGCUAUUAGACGCUCGUACCGGAAGGUCAAAGAAUCCCUUCGCAACCGAACUCACAGUGGACAACCAACAUCAAAGUAUGGAAAAUACUCCCAAGAUCAAUUCGAGGCAGGACUUCGCCAGCAACUCAACAUCUACUCCACGUGACGAAUCGUUCCGACGAAUUGUUGAAAUACAAGACCAACAAAGUAACGCCCUCCAACAACUUAUUCGCCAACAGCAACAGGGUGUCUUAGCUUUGACUCUGCCCCAACCAAGUAUGCCAGUCUUCAGCGGAAACCCUGUCGACUAUUGCGAUUUCAUCCGCUCCUUCGAGCAUCUGAUCGAGUCGAAAACCACAAGCCCAAGUGCACGACUCUACUACCUUGUUCAACACACCAGCGGUUCUGAACAGGAACUCAUGAAAAGCUGUCUUUCGAUGAAAGAGGACGAAGGAUACGAAGAAGCAAGAAAACUCCUCAAAGAACGUUAUGGAAAGGAGUACCGGGUCGCCGCCGCCCACCUUCAACGGCUGGUCGACGGUCCACCAAUCAAGAGCGAAGAUGCGAACGCCCUUCAGCAAUUCUCGAUACAACUAACCAGUUGCACAAACACGCUGGAGAAGAUUGGAUACCUACAUAAGCUAAAUAACUCGGAAAAUCUGAAAAGGAUAGUCGAACGCCUACCCUACGCGAUGAGAGUCAAAUGGCGAGACACAGUAGAUCGGAUCGUUGAAAUACAACAGCGCGAUGUCACAAUAAAGGACAUUAACAAAUUUGUAACUGCCAAGGCAAGAGCUGCAAAUCAUCCAGUCUUCGGAAAGAUCGCCAUAGAGAAACCCAAGCCGCUCAAGCAGAAUCAGAGGACAUCACAAUAUGGAAAGGCUACAGGUUUCGCAACCCAAUCAACCUCACAAUCACCCAAAUGUCCACAGUGCGGCUCCAACCAUUGGCUGUCUCGCUGUGAUAAGUUUAAAAAACAGUCUCUAGAAGAGAGACAGAAGUUCGUCCGGGAAAAGAAACUUUGUAUUAACUGCUUGUCAACUGGUCACUUCGUCCGCUCGUGCGAGAAAGAAAGUUUUUGUAAAGUUGAUGGAUGUGUCGGCAAGCAUUCAACCUUUCUUCACCCGAAAUUGCAACAACCCCUGAACACCAAGAAAAAUGACUCCAAGCAGAAAGAGAAAAUUCCGGAGGAUCGUCGCUCUGAAGAUAAUCAUUCCGAAACACAAGGUAACAACGCCAACAAUGGUUACGUCAAGUCUAAGCCCGGUGGUAGUUCUCCAAUCACAGGACUCGCAAUCGUACCUAUCGAAGUGAAAGCUAAAGGAAGCUCGAAGACGGUAAAAACUUACGCGUUCCUCGAUUCAGGCUCGAAUACCACCUUCUGCACCGAAAAAUUGCUUGAAGAACUCGAGAUCCACGGUACAAAGACGAAGCUGUCAUUGACGACGAUGCAAGCCGAAAAUGUUCCGGAACAAUGUACAAUGGUUAGCCUGGAGAUCUUGGACCUCGCGGGCAACUCUGAAAUCAACCUCCCAACGGUGUAUUCAAGGCCGAACUUGCCGAUUCCGAAAGACGCCAUUGGAAGGCAAGAAGAUGUAAAUCGCUGGCCCUAUCUAACUGGAAUCAGAAUAAAUUCAAUCGACGCAGACAUUGGACUGCUUAUUGGUAGCGAUGUCCCGGAAGCUCUCCAACCUCGUGAAAUGCGACAAAGUCAGAACGGUGGUCCAUUUGCAACCCGAACGGCCCUUGGAUGGGUCCUGAAUGGUCCAUUAGGCAGAAACGGAACGAAAACUUCGACGGCGAACCUAGCUCAAGCUAAUCUAACCUCGGACGAAAAAUUCGAAAACUACUGCAACUACGAAUUUAAUGAUUACAAAUAUGAUACUAACCCAACAAUGUCUCAGAACGAUCGAAAGGCUCUCGGCAUCAUGGAAGAAUCGGUUAAGAUGGAAAAUGGCCAUUACGAGAUUGCGCUCCCGUGGAAAAAUCCACCAGACCUACCUAACAAUAAAACCUAA